AUGAGCGAGGCACGCGGCGACAAGGUGCUCAGCUGCGCGAGCUGUCGCCAGCGCAAGGUCAAGUGCGACAAGACCCAGCCCAUCUGCACCCAAUGUUCGCGCAUGAGCUUAGAGUGUGUCUACCCGUCACGAAAACCUACGCGCCGCGUUACCAGGCUGCGGCAAAGUGAACUUCUCGAGCGCAUCAGUCGCUUGGAGGGUAUCGUCGGGCAGGCUGAUCCGGAAAAGUUGGAAGAGCUCGACAAGCUUACGGGUGUCCCCGCAACAACAUCCGCAUCCAGGACGGCAGCACGAGAUGUCCAUGUCAAAAGGCCCUCUGCUGCAGCGGUGGACAGCUUCUCCUCGGUACCGGGACAACCCUCGGGACAACCGUUCAGGGAAACGACUGCUCGGUACAUGAGUGAUGAGUUCUGGGGCCACCUUUGCAGGGAAGUCGUCGGGAUCAAGGCAGCUCUUGAACAGCCGUCUGACGAUGAGAAUGACAAUGAGGAUUAUGAGGACUCCCCUGAAUCUUGGGGCGGUGGCAUCCAGGCCGUCGCAGCACCCUCUGGCUUUCAUCUCGGGAAUCAACACUACCAGGAACGCGGUCCCCUCACACACCCUCCGCAGCAGACGCUCCUGGCUCUCUGGAGGAUAUACACACUCAACGUCGACCCUUUGGUCAAGAUCCUCCAUCGCCCUUCGAUCAACCAAGAGAUCCGGCAUUUGCUGUCAAUACCGAUCCCAUACACGCCUCCACCAGCCAUGAACGCACUCCUCUUCUGCAUAUACUUUGCCGCGAUAUCUACAAUCACCCCGGAGCAGUGCCGCGCGCAGCUGGGCGAGGAGCAAAACAUCCUGGCCCUUCGAUACCGUCUGUGUGCCGAGCGCGCACUCGCUGCGGCAGACUACCUCAACAGCGAUGAUUUAGCCACACUGCAGGCUGCGACCCUCUACGUGACCAUGCUGCGCUCCUACUCCACCAGCCGGGCAUCAUGGGUCCUCAUUGGGAUGAUUGUGCGACUGGCUCAGGCUAUGAACCUCCACAGGGACGGUCAAGGCAAGCACUUCUCGCCCUUCGAGGGUGAGAUGCGGCGGCGACUCUGGUACUUUAUCACGGUGCUCGAUAUACGCGGCGCAGAGGACAGAGGGUCCGACGCCAUCCUGACGCCCACAUCUUACAAUACCAUCCGCCCUACGAAUAUUGACGACGAGGCCUUUGGCCCCGACACCACUGAGCCCCUUGUUCCCAAGGCGACACACGCUGAGAACGUUGUGCUCGUAUGCAUGUCUCGCUGCACAAUCUUUGGUCAUAUUGCCCACCCGCGAUCGCAAGUGGCCGCCGCCGCCGACGACGACGACACAGACAACUCCUUGGCCACAGAGCAAGAACUCAUCAACCAUGUCCGCGCGAUGGAGAACGACUUCAUCCAUACUGUCGAUCAGUCGAGUUUACCAUCACGCUACGCCGCCGAGGUGUCACGCCUCGUAAUUCUCAAACUCUGGCUCAUCGUACAGUACCCGUUCUCAUCUCACCCCACUGUCGUGCCCAUGCGGGUGUCGCGUGCCACUAUGCUUCGCACAGCUGUGUCCGUCAUGGAGCUUUCCCAUCGCAUGGCUGAGGGGGCCUUCAAGGAGCGCUUCUCAUGGUGGACCAAGUGUUACGUCCAGUGGCAUCCGCUGGCGGUGGCCUUGGCGGAGCUGUGCGUGCAGACGGACGGGGACCUGGCGCAGCGUGCGUGGGACGUGAUUGAAAAGGUAUAUCCCCUGUGGGGGAGCGCCGCGGCUGACUCGACCAACGGACCGUUGUGGAGACCAAUCAAGAAACUCUACAAAAGGGCAAAGGCCGCCAGGGCGCAGAUUCUGAUGGAUGAUCUCUCCUUGCGAGACAAGGCGCCCGCGCCGCCUGCGUCUGGACCAGUAUCCGCAGAAGAGUUUCUCCUGCCACGCCAAGUCGAGCCCGCGGCCAUGGUGCCCAGCGCCAUUGGUCUCACGCAGAUGGCGCAGCCAUUCGACACUAUGGACAUGGAUCCCUCCAUCCUGUUCCAGUAUCCACCUGCUACCGAUAUGACUUUCGGUUGUAGCCUGGACGCCAGUCUUGGUUUUGACAUGAGUCCGUGGAAUGAGUUCCUGCACGAUACCCAGAUAAACAGCUAUUCGCCUGGAAGCGGGAGUGGGAGCGGAGGGUAG